UAUUAGCAACGGCAGGUACCACAAAUGCAACGAGCAUUGUUUCUUCGUCUUCACUUCGAGGGAAUCCAUCUUGCUUGACUUGGUGAUCCGCUCGACCAAUGAACUCAAGUGCAACUGGAAUGGCUAGAUGGUACUUUGCUAGAUCACCUGUUCGAAAAUAUCUAAUUCUAUUGAUACUAAAGAAACGCUUUUUGUUCUCGGCUGCAUGGUUGGUAUACCCUGUAGAUAAGCCAGGUCUUCCAAGAAGGAUUUCGCCUGUCUUGCCGGGCUUUAUAAUGAUCUUCAGAUUGUCAUCCACAAGACACAGUUUAGUAUUGCCAACAGGCUUACCAAUACCUAGAGAGCCAUAUCAAAACUCUUCGGCUUUGACCUCAUGAAUGGUAGAGUAGGUUGUUGUCUCUGUCGGGCCGUAUG